UUCAUGGACGUUUACCAGGCCCUUCUACAGGUCCUGGAGACUGCCCUAAUUUAUGAUGGGCUCUGCAAGGGUGUGAAAAAAAAGGCCACCAACGCUUUAGACAAACGCCAGGCUCACCUGUAUGCAGUCUCGGAUGAGCCCUUGUAUCCAAAGUUGAUUGAGGCCACGUGUGCUGAGCCUGGGAUACAUUUACUCAAGGUGGAGGAUGCCAAGCAACUGGGAGAGUGGGCUGGUCUAUUGGUCGUCGUCAAGGAUUAUAGAAUGGAGUCUCCAGCAUCAAAUGUGGUGAGCGAAUACUUCAAGAACAAGUGA